AGUAUUUGAGUAUUCAUGGCUUUCUUCCUGUUUUUGUUAUGUACUUUCACAAUUUGAACUCAUCGGGCCGCUGUUGCCCAAUAUGUUGCAGUAUUGAAUUGCUUUUGCAACAGAUUCUCUCAGUCGUCGUCCUGGCAUAUUGCUCAGGCAAAGUCACAUACGUAGAAUGCACACUUCGGCGAUCAGACCAUCCACGGACGUCUCAGGCUGGAAUUCUAUUUUUUAUGUCUGGAAUAACAACAUGUUUAUUUUCAAUUGGUAAAUUACAUGUGACGGAAUCUUACUGGUAAAACGGAACAAAACGCCGUAGCUGUGGUGCGACAGGCAUAUCGGACAGAACAAUGAAACGGCAAGUACUGUUGUUAAUCUCCAUCUUCUGCCUCAGUUCUGCGAUCGGGCAGGUCAGCUAUUCAAUUCCGGAGGAAAUGGCAAAAGGAUCUUUGGUCGGUAACAUAGCUCAAGAUUUAGGUUUAGAUGUCAAACGACUUAAGACAGGCAAAGGUCGUAUUUAUACGGGAGACAGUGUUCAGUAUAUCGAGCUGAAUAAAGAAAGAGGAGUCCUCCUUGUUAAAGAAAAAAUAGACCGCGAAGUGCUCUGCAGACAGACAACGCCUUGCGCUUUGCAUUUUCAAAUUACGUUAGAAAACCCACUCGAAUUAUUUCCAGUUACUGUAGAAAUUACCGAUACUAAUGACAACGCUCCAGUUUUCCAAAAGCAGGAGAGGAGGUUUGAAAUAAGCGAGUCUGCAGUCAUCGGCUCUAAGUUCAUGCUAGAGAAAGCGAUUGACCCUGAUAUCGGACAGAAUGGUCUUCAGAGAUACACUCUAAAGCCGAGUGAGAAUUUUGUGCUUAAACUGCACACUCAAGCUGAUGGAAGCAAAAAGGUAGAAAUGAUUUUACAAAAGCCGUUGGACCGAGAGAAACAAGAACACAUAUCUUUAGUUUUGACUGCGGAGGAUGGAGGAGAACCACAAAUGACUGGAACAAUGCAUAUCCAUGUUACUGUUCUGGAUGCAACGACAAUGCCCCUGUUUUCAGUAAACCCGUUUACAAAGCGAGCAUUACAGAAAACUCCCCAAUAGGAACACUUGUUACUAAGGUCAGUGCAUCUGAUGCAGACAAAGGCUCAAAUGGAGAGGUGACGUACGUUAUAGGGAAUAGCAUGGAUACUGUUUCAAAGUUAUUUCACAUUAACAGUGAAGGAGAUGUGAUAUUAAAUGGCCCAGU